UCCCCGGCUGCAUGCCCGCCGCCGCCGCCGCUGCUGCGGCUGCUGCUCCUAGCACUUGCCGUCCGCGGGACGUACGCCGCGCCCGCGCCCCGCGCCGAGGACCUCAGCCUGGGGGUGGAGUGGCUGAGCAGGUUCGGCUACCUGCCCCCAGCCAACCCUGAGACUGGGCAGCUGCAGACGCAGGAGGAGCUGUCCAAAGCCAUCUCAGCCAUGCAGCAGUUUGGGGGCCUGGAGGCCACUGGAGUGCUAGACCCUGCCACCCUGGCCCUCAUGAGGACACCGCGCUGCUCCCUGCCGGACCUGCCCUCGGGGGCUCCGGCCCGCCGGAGGCGCCAGGCCCCGACCCUGACCAAGUGGAGCAAACGGAACCUGUCCUGGAGGGUGCGCACGUUCCCGCGGGACUCGCCGCUGGGCCGGGACACGGUGCGGGCGCUCAUGUACUACGCGCUCAAGGUGUGGAGCGACAUCGCGCCCCUCGACUUCCACGAGGUGGCAGGCAGUGCGGCCGACAUCCAGAUCGACUUCUCCCGCGCGGACCACAACGACCGCUACCCCUUCGAUGGCCCGGGUGGCACCGUGGCCCAUGCCUUCUUCCCCGGCGACCACCGGGCCGCGGGUGACACCCACUUUGACGACGAGGAAACCUGGACCUUCCGCUCCUCGGAUGCACAUGGGAUGGACCUGUUCGCGGUGGCUGUCCACGAGUUCGGCCACGCCAUCGGGCUGGGCCAUGUGGCCGCUACCAGCUCCAUCAUGCAGCCCUACUACCAGGGCCCCGUGGGUGACCCGCUGCGCUACGGGCUGCCCUACGAGGACAGGGUGCGCGUGUGGCAACUGUAUGGAGUACGGGAGUCCGUGUCCCCCACGGCACAGCCCGAGGAGCCUCCCCUGCUGCCAGAGCCCCCCGACAAUCGGUCCAGCACCCCGCCCCAGAAGGAUGUGCCACACAGGUGCAGCACCCACUUCGAUGCGGUGGCCCAGAUCCGGGGCGAGGCCUUCUUUUUCAAAGGCAGGUACUUCUGGCGGCUGACACGCGACCGGCACCUGGUGUCACUGCAGCCGGCACAGAUGCAUCGCUUCUGGCGGGGGCUGCCCCGGCACCUGGACGGCGUGGACGCCGUGUAUGAGCGCACUAGCGACCACAAGAUCGUCUUCUUCCGAGGAGACAGAUACUGGGUGUUUAAGGACAACAACGUGGAAGAGGGGUACCCACGGCCCAUCUCCGACCUCAGCCUCCCGCCAGGUGGCGUGGACGCGGCCUUCACCUGGGCCCACAAUGACCGGACCUACUUCUUCAAGGACGAACUAUACUGGCGCUACGAUGACCACACGCGGCGCAUGGACCCCGGCUACCCCGCCCAGGGCCCCCUGUGGAGGGGGGUCCCCAGCAGGCUGGAUGAUGCCAUGCGCUGGUCGGAUGGGGCCUCCUACUUCUUCCGUGGCCAGGAGUACUGGAAAGUGCUGGAUGGAGAGCUGGAGGUGGCACCUGGGUACCCGCAAUCCACAGCACGGGACUGGCUGGUGUGUGGGGAGCCACGGGCUGGCGUGGGUGUGGAUGGGCCACCAGCUGGGCCUCAGGGUCGCAGCGGGGCCCAGGAUGGCCUGGCCGUGUGCUCCUGCUCUGCUGCCGGGCGUGCGCUGCCCCUGCUGCUGCCCCCGCUGCUGCCCAGUGCCCUGGGUGCCCUGGCCCGGGGCCCAUGAGACCUGGGGGGCUGCUGCCUCCAAGAUGCCUGACCGGUCUGUGCGACCCAAACGUGCCCCCCUGGAGAGGCCUCUGCCCGCUCUACCUGGGUGCGCUCUUGACCCUGGCACUGCCCACCUCACGGCCCUCGGGGUCCUCCGUCCCAGGGUCACAGCAAGAUGGACAGGAGGAGCCUGGUGGGGAGCUGGCGCCCACCACUGCAGCAGAGGGCAUGCACGUCCCUGCUCGGUGGCUGCUCCCUGGAGACCCCGCUGCACCCUGGAACCUCGGCGCCCAUCCCCAGAGGGGACCCUCCCUCCGCAGCUGCACCCAGCCUUCCUGUGAGACCCCUGUGACCACCCCGGCCGCCUGGAAGGGACCCCCCGGGCCACAGAGCAGGAGUGGUGUCAGGAGGAAAGCGAGGGCAGAGCAGGCAGAGCCCUGCACCUGGGACCAGGACAGGACUGCCACCAAGGCGUAGGGGGACAGGGGGCUGGGUGGAGACAGCAGCCACACAGGCCCUGCGGGGAGACAGGUCCACCCAGCCCUCCUUCAGGGAGAAAGGCAUCAACUCUCGCUGGAGCCCACUGGCAGGACCUCCACACCCAGUUGCACGCCCCGCCCCAUGUGGGACCCCGCCAGGCCAGCAGUUCCCAUCCCUCUGCCCACACCACGGUCCCUGCCCACAUCCACAGCCGCUGGUCAGGUGCCCUCCGCACAGGAACCGUGUACUCCUUUGUCAUGGGGACCAGAGUGGCUCCCACGCCAGCAUCGCUGUGGUUCUAUGGCCCAAACUCUAAUAA